AUGUCUUUCAGCUAUAUUCGUGAGUCGCCAUCAAAUGAAAACAGGUUCCGAAUUGCGUUAAACAAAGCUAAGUCGAUGGGCAAGAAGGUGAGUUCUCAAGGCCUUCCUAAUAAAUGGAUUUUUGAUGAAUUAGAGGUGCUCGGGAGUGCAUUGGGGUAUAAAGAAGCAUUUUGUGAGCUUGAAACGAUAGAUCAUAAUUUCAGGGUAAUAAAUUUGACAGGUGAGAGAUGGUAUAAAACAACUGUGGCAUAUGAGUGUGCGCAUGUGUUAAAAGAUGCUGCUGAUAAUUUGUCUAGAAGCAAAUAUACCACCGCAAAUGUAUAUUUACCCAAGGUUUGUGACAUAUGUAUGAAAUUACUACAAUGGGAAGAAAGUGACAAUUAUUUUGUUCGUGAAAUAGCUUCAUCUAUUAAAGAGAAAUAUUUUGGCAAGUAUUGGAGUCAAUGUAACUUGGCUCUAGUUAUUGCAGUGGUUCUUGAUCCACGAUUCAAGCUGGAAAUAGUAGUAGGUUGGUACGAGGAACCAUAUGGUGAGGAUGCAAACAUGUCUCAGGAAAAUCUACAAUGA